AUGAAGCCCGGGACGUGUCCAGGUACUCGUCCGGCACCAAUCACAGGCCACUCGUCGUGGCUCGGCCCCGCCCCCGGUCCAACCCCUCUGGGGACCGGACCGUCCUGGAGACCGGCAGGACAGCGGUCCCCAGAACCACAGAGUGGUCCGACGGAGGUGCAUCCCCAGCAGCCGGUGGCUCGUCCCCGCAGCGGGGCACCCCCGGCGGCUCCCCUCCAGUCGCUGCUCCCCUCCAGCCCGCUGCGCUCUUCCUGUAGCAACGCCACCUCCACGCUCCGGCCGCAGCCUAUCCGCGCCACGGUGUCGUACCAGCUUGUGCGUGGAAGGCAGCACAGCCCAACCCGCUCCGUUUCCUCCUCCUCCUCAGUAGCCGGGAGCAACACAGGACCGACGACGUCCCGUUGCUCCAGUCCCGCCAACCCGGGUGGAAGCGGCUCGGACGGCAGGCUGGUUCCCAGGCAAAGGCACAGCAGGAGCCCCCAGAUCGCUCUCUCCAUCCGUCUGGUUCCAAAGAAGUCCUCUCUGGUUGCAUCGGGUGUCCAGGGCAGUGUGAUGGGCGAGGUGGGGCGUGCACCCAGGAAUGACAUGCUGGACCCUGGCCAGAGACCAAUAAACCGAACCAUAGCUGACGCCGUGCUGUCCUGCUGCUCUGAGCUAAUGCCAUCUCACUCGUCUUUUAUCUGUGCAAUUGAAAGGACAGAGUCGCAGCAGCUGCAGAGCUCGGGGAAGACUUCCUCUCUGGGCGCCAUCACUGGACCCGACCUCUCCGGGCCUCCUGACGUCCGUGUGCUCGAUCCAUCUUGUAUGAAAGAUAAAUCCACACAGACUCGUGGAUGUUGGAGUGACGAAGCAGGAAGAGGGAGCACUCAGCAGCGCUCUGCGUCGUGCAGUGCCGACCAGCUCAAAGAGAUUGUGAAGCUCCGGCAGUAGCUCCAGAGCAUUAAACAAGGAGGACGUCGCAGUAGAGACGGAACGAGCCUCUCUGCUCCAGUCCAACACCGUCACCUGCACCUGACCAGCACCACCAAGCACACUUCCACUACAGCCAGCCACGUUCAGCAGUUUUCCAUGUCGAAGUCGGCCCAGAUGCCGCUGUCCAACAUCACAGUGCCAAAGCCAUCCAUCUCCAGGGUGCCCAGCAGCAUGGAGGGCAUCAACCAUGAGCUGGAGAAGGUUUUCAUCAAAGACAAUGGAGAGAAGGAGGAGCUGAAGUCCCUGGAGGUUCCUGACGGGCGACGGGCACCCUUCCCUCCCCAGCAGCGCAGCAGCAGCACCCGCAGCGUGGACACCCAGACCCCCUCGGCCCCAGGACGGUCCAGCAGCUGCUCCAGCCUGUCGCCGUGCCCCUCGCCAGCCUGCCCACCGGGAUCCCACGACGGCAGUCCGUACUCCACAGAGGAUCUACUAUACGACCGGGAUAAAGACAGUGGAAGCAGUUCUCCACUUCCAAAGUUCGCCUCGUCGCCCAAACCCAACAACAGCUACAUGUUCAAGCGAGAGCCACCAGAGGGCUGCGAGAAGAUUAAAGCUUUCGAGGAGAUGAGCUCCAGGCAGUCCACAUCGACGUCAGUGCCCCUCUUCUCCUGCCCUGACAAAAACAAGGUCAACUUCAUCCCGACGGGCUCGGCGUUCUGCCCCGUCAAGCUCCCCGGCUCUUUGCACCUCACCCCGGCCUCGGAGCCCGAGGAGGACGAGGACAACGCGGAGGCAGGCUCCAGCUCAGAGCCCCAGGGGGCCACCUCGUUCUACAGGGCCCCCACUCAGGUCUCCACGAGCACCAGCACAGACGACCCCCCAGAGGAACCCGGCUCGCCCUCAGAGACUGCAGAGCCCCAGACAGACAGCCCGGCCAUCAGCUAGACCUGAGCAGAGCUGGCCUCUGGCUCCGGAACCAACGCUAGCGACCACCGACCACCACCACUGACUGUCCCACCAACACCUCCGUCUGCUCUGUCAGGGGAGCCUCCGUCUCUCUGUGCUGACCCCUCCACCCCCUUCUAUCUCUGCAUGACGUAGCAAUGUCCCAAAUAUCCACCACCGCCACCACAAAGACUCAACGCCACCUUAAUGUACUGUCCUGAUAAUGUCUGAGCUUUCGUUGGCAGGAGAGGACCUGAUGGUUGAAGGUAUCAUAUGCAGACAUCGGAGGGAAGAAUGCACUACGGAUGGGGGGAGGGGCAUGCAUUUUAAACUGGUAGUAUAUUUCUGAUUAAAUUAUGUGUUGUUCUCUGUUUCAACAUUCACAGUAUGAAUAAGCUCUCUAAACAUAUAUAUAUAUAUAUAUAUACACAUAUAGUUCUAUGAAAAGAAAGAGAAAUGCUUGUUUUAAAAGAAAAAAAUCCAAAACUGUGUAUUGCUGUGUGAUGUACUGAACAGGCAAACCGGCUGUACUAUUCAGGAUUAUGUUUACACGAUCCAGGUCACAUUGUUAAACCCUGUCUCAAAGAAA